AUGUCGAGCUCGCGGAGGUGUUCCGGUGUGGCUCGAGGGAAGAGACCACCGAAUUUGGAGCUGUCGGAAACCAGGUUUUGCGCACCUGAACCGGGACCCCCCGCGGGCUGCGCCACGAGAGACCGAACGCCAGAGGACGACGACAACAAUCACACGGACGUGCCGACCGUUCACCUCCACCCGUACUUAUCUCACCCCCGGAUGUCCGUGCGCAUGUCGGUGUACAGCGCCGGGGUCCGGCCGGUGCUCACCCGCGCGCACGUCCAAGGACGCGUGUACAACUUUCUGGAAAGGCCGUCUGGCUGGAAAUGCUUCGUGUAUCACUUCACCGUGUUUCUCAUCGUUCUGGCCUGCCUCAUCCUCAGCGUUCUGUCCACCAUCGACCAGUACCAGGCCCUGGCUCACACCACACUCUUCUGGGUGGAGAUCGUCCUCGUGGUGUUCUUCGGCGUGGAAUAUUUCGUCCGCCUUUGGUCGGCCGGCUGCCGCAGUAAAUACGUCGGCAUCUGCGGCCGACUGCGCUUUGCCAGGAAGCCCAUAUCUAUUAUAGAUCUGAUUGUGGUUGUCGCCUCCAUCGUUGUGCUGUCAGUGGGCUCCAAGGGCCAGGUCUUCGCCACCUCCGCUGUAAGAGGGAUUCGCUUCCUGCAGAUCCUGAGAAUGCUCCACGUGGACCGGCAGGGAGGAACGUGGCGUCUCCUCGGCUCCGUCGUCUUCAUCCAUCGGCAGGAGCUCAUCACUACCUUGUACAUUGGCUUUCUGAGCCUCAUCUUCUCCUCGUACUUUGUCUACCUGGCAGAGAAAGACGCCGUCGACAGCAACGGAGACACGGAGUUCGGGAACUACGCCGACGCCCUGUGGUGGGGAGUGGUGACGGUGACGACCAUCGGAUACGGAGACAAAGUGCCACAAACCUGGAUCGGAAAGACCAUCGCGUCCUGUUUCUCCGUCUUUGCCAUUUCCUUCUUUGCUCUGCCCGCAGGAAUCCUGGGCUCCGGCUUCGCCCUGAAGGUGCAGCAGAAGCAGAGACAAAAACAUUUCAACAGACAGAUCCCCGCAGCCGCCUGUCUCAUUCAGACGUCGUGGAGAUGUUUCGCGGUGGAGAACUUUGAUUCCGCCACAUUCAAGAUGUUCGUGAAGAGGAGAUCCCACGUCCACGCCUCCUCUCUGUCCAGCCCCAAGCCCAAGAAAUCGGUGAAGGUAAGGAGGAAGUUGAAGAGCACCGACAAGGACGACGGCCCGACUUCGCCCACGAUUCCCAGCAUCACCUACAGCUCCGUGUUCGACAGCGGGAGGGAGCUGAGUUCAGACGUGUACAGCACCGUGGGCACAGCAGGACUCGCGGGUCCCACGCUUUGGGGCGGAUGUGAUUGCCAGCAGUCCUGGACGUCUUUGUCUUCCCUUCAGUUCAUCUCUCCGCCUCCAGUGAAAAGAAGCCCGGGCCUCCUGGACGUGCACUCCCCCGGCCCCCCCCAGAAGAACUGCAGCUUCGCGGACGACCUGGACCCGGAGCCGGAGCGACACAGCGAGCUGGCACCCGUCUCCUCCGUGUCGCAAUUGACAGAGUCGCACCGAAAAGCCAUCCGGGUGAUCCAGAGAAUGCGUUAUUUUGUGGCCAAGAGGAAUUUCCAGCAAGCUCGUAAGCCGUACGACGUGCGCGACGUGAUCGAGCAGUACUCCCAGGGUCACCUCCACCUCAUGGUGCGCAUCAAGGAGCUGCAGAGAAGACUGGACCAGUCCAUAGGGAAGAUAACUCUGUUCCAGUCGGGCUCCGACAGAGCCAAAGACAAAGGCACCAACUCCAUCGGAUCCAGGCUCAACAGGAUGGAGGACAAGAUAACGCACAUGGACCACAGUCUGAACCGCAUCGCAGAGUCCCUCACCUUUCUGAUGGACCAGAGGGACGCCGGCGAGGGCGAAGGCGGAGGAGGAGGAGGAAGGCCGAGGCCGCCGCGGCUUGGACGGACCUGCGAUGUCCUCUCCGGCCAGGACAGCCUGCCAAGCUACGACCAGCUGUCCUCGUCACAUUCGUCCUUCACCUCCAACCCCACCGGCACCGCCGCGGCCUUCACCAAGCAUCCCAUCAGCAGCGCCGCCAGUCAGGACGAGAGCGGCUGA